GUGUCGUGACCAAACUCACAGCAGGUAACCAUGGUGAAGGAGAGUCUGCCCACCUGGGUCCACCAGGACUCUGACGAAGGUCUCGUCCACGUGAACGUCGGAGGUCUGAAGAGGAGCCUCUGCUCCAGCACACUGAAGAAAUUCCCGGACACCAGACUGGGAAAACUGCUGGCCUGUGAUUCAGAGGAAGAUAUACUGCAGGUGUGUGAUGACUAUGACGUGCAGCAGAAGGAGUUUUAUUUUGAUAGGAAUCCCGGCCUGUUCCCUUAUGUCCUCCACUUUUACCAGACCGGCAAACUUCACAUCAUGGAUGAGCUGUGUGUCUUCUCCUUCAGUCAGGAGAUAGAGUACUGGGGCAUCAAUGAGUUCUUCCUGGACAGUUGCUGCAGUUAUCGCUACCACGACCGCAAGCUGGAGAGCAGCCGGCAUCGCAGCUGGGACGACGACAGCGACGUCAGCAGCAUAGACACGUCUGUGGACGAGAUAUCUGACUUAAACAGAGACAUGCUGCAUUUCCAGGAAGUGCGUUAUGGGAACAUUAGAAAGUGUCUGUGGCUGACGCUGGAGAACCCUGGAUACUCCAUCCCCAGCAAGCUCUUCAGUCUGCUGUCCAUCGUGGUGGUGCUCACAUCCAUCGCCACCAUGUGUAUUAACAGCAUCCCAGAGUAUCAGACUUUUGAUGAUGAAGGGAAGUUGGUGGAGGACACGACCACGCAGGCUCUGGAGGUGUUCUGCACCUGCUGGUUCACCUUCGAGGUGGUGACGCGGCUGCUGCUCGCACCGAACAGGAAGAAGUUCUUUCAUCACCCUCUGAACAUUAUCGACGUGGUGUCUGUGGCGCCCAUCUACAUCACCCUGGUCUUUGACAUGACUUUGGGAUCAGAGUCUGAGCUGGGAAACCUGGGACGACUCAUACAGGUGUUCAGGUUAAUGAGGAUCUUCAGAGUUUUGAAGUUGGCCCGACACUCGACAGGACUGCGGUCGCUGGGAGCGACGCUUCGGCACAGUUACCGUGAGGUCGGCAUCCUGCUGCUGUACCUGGGUGUCGGAGUGUCCGUCUUCUCUGGCAUCGCUUACACCGCUGAAUAUGAAGAGGAUGUGGGUCUGGACACCAUCCCGGCCUGCUGGUGGUGGGGGACGGUGAGCAUGACCACGGUGGGCUACGGGGACGUGGUUCCCGUCACGGUGGCUGGGAAGCUGGCGGCCAGCGGCUGCAUUCUGGGCGGCACCCUGGUGGUGGCGCUGCCCAUCACCAUCAUCUUCAACAAGUUCUCCCACUUCUACCGGCGACAGAAAGCUCUGGAGGCGUCGGUGAGGAACAACAACCGCAGGAAGAUGAGGAUAAGCUGCGAGAAGGAGCCGGAAGAGGAGGACGAGGGAUCGGACGGGGACAGCCGAUGUCUGGACGAUGACGACAUUGAUGAUAUCGAGGAGGACGAUGUAGACUAUGAAGACGAAGGAGGUGUAAUAAAUUAUAGCUAUGUGGAACAUUCAUCCUUCACGUCAAUACUGAGGAGGAAGGAGCUGCAUCAGCUGUGAGAAAGAGCUCAACCUGCUGAAGGCUGCGUUCACACUGGAGAUUAAAACUGCUUCGACUCCCAUCGGAUGUUUUCAGCUCUGAUUUGAACCUGAUUUUCAUCUGAUCCAAGGCCACGCAAAUGUAGUAUGACGAUGGCCGUCAUCAAAAUAAAUGGACUGAACCAGCAGCGAAGACAAGUGAAGGCUGCGGUUUGAAUAGACUCUGGGUAGAUGCUUCUAAAAAAGUUAGAGGGGUCAUGUUGUAAAUGACGGUCUGACACAAAAGUGGCAAAUUUUGGAUCUGACAUGAUCUGCUGUAGUUUGGUCUCAUUGUGCAUGUGGGAUGUUUCAGGGUGGAGGUUUGUUCAC